AUGGAUGACUGGAUGUGCUCAAUUAACCUCAAGAAUGCAUACCACCAUAUAAAGACAGAGAGGACGUACAGGAGGUUUCUGCACUUCUGGCUGGAAUCUGAUCAUUACCAAUUUAGUGAGCUCCCAUUUGGUCUCACCACUGGCCUUCUGGUUGUUCACCAAGAGUAUGGCAGUUGUAGCAGACUGGCACAGGUUGCAGGGAUUUUAGGUCUUUCCUUUCCUGAACCAUUGGCUCUUAAUCAUUCCCUUGAGAGCAUCCUUAGUCAGGAUCAUGGACACCUUACAGCUAUGCAGUUUCUUGGGGCUCAUGGUCAUUUACCAGAAGUAAAGUCUCCAUCCUUUUCAGUCCCUAGAAUUUGUAGGUUGCCAGUUGGACACCAUUUUUCAGAUUGCAAAACUUCCAUGUUCAGAAUUUUGAGUCUUUUGGUUUCAGCAGUCUCUGUGCUUCCGUACAAAAAGCCUCCAGCCUCUUUCCUUCUGAAGCUGAUUGGGGAACAUGGUAGCUUCUACUGGUUUGGUCCUGCUAGUCGGGUAUCACAUGAGGGCUCUGCAGUGGACUGCGGCAGUGUAGUAAUGUGUAACACAUUUGAUGGACUUCCCAAUAAUUCUGAUGAAAGUAUGUCGAGGUCAGGUGGUGGCUGGUAUCUCCCUCUGUAUCCAGUGGGAGAGUGUUUGUCUCCCCCACUAGUCAUGACAGAUGCCUCUCUUUUGAAUGCAGACUCCUAUUACAAAGACGAGGUGGAUGACUUUCAUGACAAGAAGAUCAAGAAGCUGAUUUCACAAGGAGCGAAGUAUAGCAGUGAGGAUGAAGAAGAAACCGAGGAAGAGGAGGUGAUGGCUCUAAAUGUGUCUGACUCGGACGAUGAAGAAGAGGAAAUUGACAUGGAAAGUGACCUUGAAGAAAAACAAGAUGAUGAUCUUCCUAAUGAGAUGGCUUGGGGUCGUAAAAGGAAGAUGUUUUAUGACACUGAUUAUGCUGCUGAGGAGCGCCAAAGUAAAUCUAAAGAGGAUUUAGAUGCGGAGGCUAAGGAAGAAGAGGAAGAGGCACAGAAUAUUCAGAGACGUUUGGUGGAAAACCUGAGUGAAGAAGAUUAUGGACUUGAUUUCAUUCAGGCCUUUGCUAAGGAGCAGGAUGUAGAAAAGCAGCCAGAAAAAGAACAGAAGAUCCAAAAGGAUCUAAAGAAAAUGUCUCUGAAGGAAAAACUGAAACUGCUAAAGAAGGAGUCACCUGAGUUUAUGGAGCUUAUCCAGGACUUUAAAGCCAAGUUAACAGAACUAAAAGAUGAACUGCAGCCUUUGGUGGACAUGGUAAAGGAUGGAAGGAUACCACCAGGAAAGGGAGCUAAUUAUCUGGAAAUGAAAACCCAUUUAUAUUUAAACUAUUGCAUAAACAUUAGUUUUUACGUAACCUUGAAAGCAAAGAGAAUUCCAGUACACAACCAUCCUGUGAUUGAGCGACUAGUAACCUACAGAAAUUUGAUCAAUGAUUUAAAGGCAGUUGAUAUGAAGUUGUCAUCAGAACUCCGUUUACUGCUCACCAAACUUGAGAAUGACAAGACAAAUCAGUCUGGUAAAGAGGAUUUCUUGCCCAAGAUCAAGAACCUAGCAGUUUCGUCUAGCAAGCAAUCAACUAAAGAAAAGAAAAAGGUAGGCACUACUCCUGCUGAAGUAGGUCCUUCAAAUGAUUCUGACUUUGAUGAGGAAGCCGCUUUGAAAUACUACAAGGAAAUGGAAGAAAAGUUGAAACUAAAGAAGAAAAGAAUGUAUGAAGAAAGUGAUGAAAAGGAAGCUGAAGAAGAAGAGGUGGAUCCAGAUGCCAAAAGAGCCAUCACAUAUCAGAUUGCUAAGAACAAGGGUCUCACUCCUAAACGAAAGAAGAUUGAUCGGAAUCCACGAGUCAAACACAGAGAGAAGUAUCGUCGUGCUAAAAUUCGCAGGAAGGGUCAGGUGCGUGAAGUGCGUACAGAAGAGCACAGAUAUACUGGAGAGCUGUCUGGUAUUCGUAUUGGAGUCAAGAAAAGCACCAAACUUAAGUAAUGCUUGUUGGCAUUACUUUCUCAGUUUCUGCUCAGUAUUUUUUUUCAUUUUUUUUUCAACAAAGCCACAUGUACUGUUAGUAGAAUAAAACUGCCUCCCUCCAAUCUGUCCUUUUUUGGUUAUGUUCCUGUUACGGCAUGUAAUACUUCAGCUCCACAUCUGUUGAAAGAAAUCUCUCUUAAUUUUCCUCAUGUUCCUUCCAGAAUAAAAUCGGAAAUUUUUUAGAGAAUCAGUUCA